AUGGCACGUACAGUGCAUCCUGUCCAGCCGCCACGGGAACAUGUCGCUCCUCAAAGCCCGCCGACACCUUAUGCAGCGCGCCAACACUUCGUUCUACGAGACUCCACCGUAGUUUGUACCCUUGCGGGUGGCGGAUCCGAGAUGCUGAUCGUGCCAAGCUCCUAUGAAGACCGAAACGAUAUUGGAGAGGAUGCAGAUUGGCGGCAGGCACAUAACGCAGCCGAUGCACACAAAUGCUGGAAAACCACUUUCAUCUACCAGCAUAUCGAAGAUCAUCCACAUUUGAUGAAUGCGAACUCAACACCAAUUCACUACAGGUUCAUUCGCCCAGAUCCUUGGACUUGGUUGCCGGUGAUAGCAAAUCCAGGUGGGCCACCUUUAAGGACUUUCCUCGAUGUCAACCGCAGCGAGAUGUACGACACACGCACCACAUUGAACCAGAGCACGGCGAGUGGUCGAGUGAAAGCGAGGUACAAGAGCCUUGUCUACCAAUGGGCUCUCCAACUUGCAACACCGAUAAUAUCGAUCGUAUUCGGAGAUCUGACGGUCGACUCCUGUUGGCUCACUUCGCCUGGUCUGUCCUUAUCGAUCCUCGGAUUCCUCAACUCUGGCUUUCGAACUCGCGAUGGGCCAGUGCAUCAUGGAGACAUUCUUAGCGGUUAUCCAUUCAAUCCAAUUGAUCAUUUGCCGCGCACAGAACGGAUUCCCACUCUAAAGACUGAUUUAUUCAUGUGGGGAUGUGUGGUAUAUGAGCUUAUGACUGGGUUCUGGCCGGGUGAAGGGCAGGGAAUUGAAGAUGAAGAGAUUGCGAUGUUGGUCCCAAGGCAUGAGUGGCCGACGCUCGAGAGCGAACUCCUCGGAAACGUUGUAAGGACGUGCUGGACGGGAGAGAUGCGGAGUGCUGCAGAACUUGUGACUACGGUUCGUAGGGUUAUCACAGAGCUUGGGGCGGUGAUUGGGGACAAUGGGGAGGUUGUACAUCUUGACAUUGAAGGGUUGACGAUUUGA